CCGAGCUGAGCGUAACCAUCGCAGUGGGAGCUUCACUGUUGUUCCUCAAUGUUCUGGCAUUUGCUGCUCUGUACUACCGCAAGGAUAAGCGCCGGCAAGAACAGCACCCGCAACCCAGCCCACCACGAGCCACCACCACCAAUGACGUGAACCGGCACGCCCCUGAAGAAGAGAUCAUGUCCCUGCAGGUGAACCAGACGCACCACGAGUGCGACUCAGGGCCGCCCGGUGACCCGUUACGGCUCGCUUCUCUUCCCGACUACACACUGACUCUGCGGCGCUCGCCUGACGAUAUCCCACUCAUGACGCCGAACACCAUAACCAUGAUCCCCAACUCGUUGGUGGGCAUGCCCAACCUACAUCCCUACAACACCUUCACGGCUGGCUUCAACUCCACCGGCCUGCCACACUCCCACUCCACCACGCGUGUAUAGCUUUAUGGUGACAAAGGGAGGGAUGUGGGGAAAGCCUUUGGUUUUAAUGAAAACGUUGAAGUGAGAGGAAGGGGAUCAGGACGAUGACGGAAACAAAAUGAUUUGAAUAGACUUUUGCAAAAAGCAGUGACACGUUCUUUCCAGAUGUCAAGUUGUGCAAACCUGCCAAAACAGAACUGCUCUCUUUCCUGUGAAAAGGGACAAGGGUUUCAAGCAGUAUUUUUUCUAAUCAUCGUUAAAAAAACAAACAAACAAAAAACGCCUUUUUAUGCAGAAUCGGGCGAAUCACUUUUUUCUUGAAUAAAUAACAAAAAACAAAGGAAAGUGCAUUUUAUUUCCCAUCAUAGUCUUUUGUGGGAAACAUGUUUCAAAACAGUGGCCUC